AUGGCUGCCGUCAAGGUCAACAACGACACCCUGAAGGAGAUCUCCCACCACGCCCAGAGCAGCAACCAUGUCAUCGAGACACCUACCUAUGACCGCUCCGGCAUUAAGGAGAGCAUCGUCCACAUCGGAGUGGGCGGCUUCCACAGGGCUCACCUGGCCGUGUACGUCGACGAGCUUAUAGGCAAGCAUGGCGUCCGCGACUGGGGGAUUGGCGGCAUCGGUCUGCAGCCGUUUGACGCGGCCAUGCGUGACGCCCUCACCCCACAGGACUACCUGUACACGGUACUCGAGCGCUCCGAGGCGGGCAGCAAGGCCCGCAUCAUCGGCAGCAUCAACUCCUUCCUCUUUGCCCCCGACUCCCCUGAGGCCGUCCUGGCUAAGCUUGCCCACCCGGACACCCGCAUCGUGUCCAUGACCAUCACCGAGAGCGGCUACUUCUACAACGAGAACACGCACGAGAUGGAGACACACCACCCGGACAUCGUGGCCGACCUGGCCAGCGAUCUCUCUGCCCCCCGCACCACGUUUGGCUACCUGUUUGCCGCCCUGUCCCGACGUAAGGCCGCCGGUCUUCGUCCCUUUACCGUCCUCUCCUGCGACAACAUGCAGAAGAAUGGGUCGAUUACGCGCCACAUGCUCGUGACCUUCGCCCGCCUCCGCGACCCCGAGGUGGCGGCCUGGAUCGACAAGGAGGGCGGCUUCCCCAACAGCAUGGUGGACCGCAUCACACCGCGCACCUCGGACGCCGACAAGGCCAGCCUGGCCGAGUCGUUUGGGAUCCAGGACAACUGGCCCGUCGUGACCGAGCCCUUUAUGCAGUGGGUCGUCGAGGACCACUUUGCCGAUGGACGCCCGCCCUUUGAGAAGGUUGGCGUUCAGGUCGUCAAGGAUGUGAGCGACGUUGAGAAGUUCGAGUGCCACAAGCUGCGUCUGCUCAACGCCUCGCACACCUCCAUCUCGUAUGCCGCCUACCUCGGCGGCUUCACCUACGUCCACGAGGUCUUUGCCAACCCCCUCUUUCACAAGUACAUCUACAACAUGAUGCACAGCGAGGUCAAGCCCUUGCUUCCGGCCAUCCCAGGCGUCGACAUCGACAAGUACUGCGACACCCUCCUAUCUCGUUUCUCCAACCCUGCCAUCAUGGACCAGGUCGGUCGCCUCACCCUCAACGGUUCUGGCAAGCUUCCCCAGUUCAUCAUGCCCUCGGUCGCCGAGCAGAUCAUGGCCGGCACCCACAACUUCCGCCGUCUCAUCUUCUGCGUCGCCUCGUGGUUCCGUUACCUCAAUGGCACGGACGAGAAGGGCAACGCCUACGAGAUUGACGAUCCCAUGGCUGAGGACCUCAAGGCUCGUGCCCUCGCCGGUGGCUCCAGCCCCUACCCUCUUCUCGACGUCAAGAGUCUUUUCGGUGACGAUCUGCGUGGCGACAAGGUCUUUGUCGACGAGAUCACCAAGGCUCUGGAAAGCCUCUACAGCGAGGGUGCCAUGGCUACUCUUGCCAAGUACGUCGACUAG